AUGGGAUCUUCAACAUUUCUUCCGUUUUUUUAUUCAGUUCUUCUAUCCCUUGCUACUCUUACCCUUUCGGAGGAUGUUUAUUUUGAGCAUAGCUGUAAUGAAACCAGAGGCAACUACACUGCAAACAGCACUUACCAGGCCAACCUCAAUAGCAUCGUUUCUCAGUUCUCCUCCCUUACAGAAUUCAAUUACGGGUUCUUCAAUCUGUCUGCUGGUGUAAGCCCUGACAACGUUAACGUAAUCGCCCUUUGCAGGGGUGACUUAAACCAAAGCCAAUGCAACAGUUGCCUCAACUACACCGCAACCGAGCUCGAGCAAUUUUGUCCCUCCAACAAGGAGGCGACCGCGUGGUCUGAACUUUGUUUGGUGCGGUACGCCAACAGAGACAUGUACGGAAUGCUGGAGAACGAUCCUCGCACUUGUGCAUACAACCCAGCGAAUGCAUCGAACCCUGAUCAGUUCAAUCAGGCAUUAAGUGAACUAUUGAAUAACCUGAGCAGCGAAGCUGCAGCGGGGGGUCCUCUUCGCAAAUAUGCGGCAGGUAAAGCUACAGCUGGUAACUUGCAAACGGUAUACGCAACGGUGCAGUGUACUCCUGAUUUGGAAGAGAUAAAUUGCACUACUUGUCUAAAUUUCGCGAUGAGCGAGCUUCAAAAGUGUUGCUAUGGAAGGAUAGGAUGCAGGGUUCUCAGACCAAACUGUGUCUUGAGGUUUGAAUCUAACCCAUUUUAUAAUCAGAUUGCCGUUCCUCUACCGCCUUCUUCUUCUCCGACUUCACAGGAGCCAUUGUGUUUUGCAGGAAAGGGGAACAACACAACAAGAACAGUAAUCAUUGUUAUUGCUUCAGUUGUUGGCGUUCUGAUACUAAUCAUCAUCUCCAUAUGCAUUUUUAUGAGACGUAGAAAGACACCAAAACAAUUUGAAACUAAGGAUGAGAUUAUUGGGGCUGAGUCCUUGCAAAUCGACUUUGAUUCUGUUCUGGCUGCAACUAAUAACUUUUCAGAUGCCAAUAAGCUUGGCCAAGGAGGAUUUGGAGCUGUUUACAAGGGUCAGCUUCCAAAUGGAGAAGAGAUUGCUGUGAAAAGACUGUCUAUGGAAUCUCAACAAGGAGACAUAGAAUUUAAAAACGAAGUCCUAUUAUUGGCCAAGCUUCAACACCGCAAUUUGGUUAGGUUCGUUGGUUUCUGCUUGGAAGGACACGAAAAGAUUCUCAUUUAUGAGUUUGUGCCAAACAAAAGCCUUGAUCAUUUCAUUUUUGAUCAGAUCAAGCGAGCAGAACUAGAUUGGGAAACACGCUACAAAAUCAUCGAAGGCAUUGCUCGUGGACUCCUUUACCUUCAUGAAGAUUCUAGACUUCGGAUAAUUCAUCGGGAUCUCAAACCAAGUAAUAUUUUGUUAGAUGCAGAUAUGAUUCCUAAAAUUUCCGAUUUUGGGAUGGCAAGGCUGUUUGGACAGGACGAAACGCAAGGCAGUACUAUGAGAAUUGUGGGAACCUAUGGAUAUAUGGCUCCAGAAUAUGCUAUUCAGGGGCAUUUCUCAGUAAAAUCAGAUGUCUUCAGCUUUGGUGUAUUACUUUUAGAAAUUAUCAGUGGUCAGAAAAAUAAUAGCUUCCACCAUGGGGAGAAUAGUGAGUUCAUGCUGAACUUUGCGUGGAAAAAUUGGAGAGAAGGGACAGCAUUGAAUCUGAUUGAUCCCACAUUGAGUGAUGGUUCAAGAAAUGAGAUAAUGAGAUGCAUGCACAUCGCACUGCUAUGCGUUCAAGAAAACGUAGCUAGGAGACCAACCAUGGCUUCAGUUGUAUUCAUGCUGAAUAGCUUCUCGACCACCCUCCCAGUGCCAUCACAACCAGCGUUUUGUAUGCAGAGUAACAUUGAAACUGACAUGUCAUCUUCAUUGGCCACUAAUUCAUGGGCGUCAGAGUCCAAAAACUCCAACAUCGAGUUACUUCCGGCAUCCCUCAACGAGGCUUCAAUUACUGAGCUAUCUCCUAGAUAGUGUUUGGGAUUUGUAUACAAUAAGUUUAUUAUCUUGAAUUUCAUUUCAAUAUAUAUUUUAUUCCAGUUAAAGGCUUUGCUGUAUAUCUCACCACCAAGAGGUGGGGGUGAAAGUUUGUGUGGAAAUCUCACAUCCUAUACUAAUAUAUAAUCCACCUCUGUGAUCAACGGUUUUCAACUUUUAGGAUAUCUAACUUCAGAGAUGGGGCAAACAAAUUGACCCAAAUUUACUAGCUCAAGAUACUCUUUCAGUCUUUCAUUCUUUUCAGCCUACAAAAUAGAACUCUACUGAGCACAAUCAAGAAGAAUUAAACAACCAAGAGCCACCUAAUUCUCCUGGAAAUUGAAGCAAUAGCGAUGCAUCAAAUACAAAUUUUAACAUGCAUCACUUGUCCAUGCAUACCGGCACAUAAAACGUAGAAUAAAUGAACAUUAAAAUCCAGGCUUACCUUUAGUUCAUUAAUCUUCUCUUGCAGACUCUCAUUAUACUCUCAGUUUGUCCGAAAAUUAAAUAUGCCGCAAAAAAAUCACCAGAAGGUUGUCAGAAAAUUAAA